CCCUUUAAAAAAACCCUAAUUCCCCAAAUCUCAGAAUCCGGUCAAAUUCGCCGCCAAUUGCAUCGAAAUAGCCGAAACGAAAGCGACCCUUUUCGUCGGAACUGAAAUUCGCAGCUUGGGUAAGCCCAGAAAUAUGGUUUACAGUCAUGGAGGGAAGUAAAGUCGGAAGCUUUGAAAAUGGGAGUACGAGCGAGGGUCGGCCUCCGAACCCGGCGACGUACUGGCGGUGCUACGGCCGCGCCGACGGUGUUCCGGCGUCCCCGUGUAAGAAGACUCUUGUUCGUCACGCCUCUCUUAUGAGGGCGAAGGGGUCAGACGUUACUGUUGAACUAGGAGUUGAAGAAGAGAAGUAUGAGUCAAAGUUCAUUCCAAUUGUGCGCUCUGGAGCGUGGGCCGACAUUGGUUCUCGAUCAAAAAUGGAAGAUGUUUAUGUCUGUGUGGAUGAUUUUAUGCACGAUUAUGGCCUCAAGAGUUUUACGGAUGGCCCAAGUGCCUUCUAUGGGGUGUUUGAUGGACAUGGAGGGAAGCAUGCCGCUGACUUUGCUUGCUCAAAUUUGCCGAAGUUCAUUUUUGAGGAUGAAGACUUCCCUUCUGAUAUUGAAAGGGUUAUUAGUUCAGCAUUUCUGCAAACUGACACUGCCUUUCAAGAAGCCUGCACUUUGGAUGCUACACUUGCUUCUGGCACCACUGCGUUGACAGCUCUUCUUGUUGGAAGGUUGUUGGUGGUAGCUAAUGCUGGAGACUGUCGAGCAGUGCUUUGCCGCCGUGGAAAAGCGAUUGAAAUGUCAAGGGAUCACAAACCUAUAUGCAGCAAAGAGAUAAAACGGGUCGAGGCAUGUGGAGGAUCUGUGUAUGAUGGCUACCUUAAUGGGCAGCUGAAUGUUACUCGCGCUUUAGGAGACUGGCAUAUGGAAGGAUUGAAGAGCAGGGAUGGUGGGCCACUCAGUGCAGAGCCAGAGCUUAAGACUCUAAAACUAACAGAGGAAGACGAGUUCCUUAUCAUCGGCUGUGAUGGGAUAUGGGAUGUGUUUAGGAGUCAAAAUGCAGUGGAUUUCGCUCGUCGCAGGCUUCAGGAGCACAAUGACCCAGCCACAUGUAGCAAGGAUAUAGUUGAUGAGGCUUUGAAGAGGAAGAGUGGCGACAAUUUGGCUGCUGUCGUAGUUUGCUUCCAACAGCAGCCUCCACCCAAUUUGAUUGCCCCUCGCUCAAGAGUGCAGAGGAGCUUCUCGGCAGAAGGGUUGAGGGAGUUGCAAAGCUUCUUGGAUGACUUGAAAACUUGAGAUGAUGACGAAGGGUUUUGUGUUUCUCUUGUUCUUCCAAUUAAAAUUUUCCAUUUUAGUUUUAUUGAGAUCCUCGAGUUCCCAACUGUACCAUAUGCGGCAGCUAGUCGGUAACGUAAUUUGUUUCUUUGUAUAACUCUGAUUUAACUUGUUAGGCACCCCUUGAUGGGUUUGCUUUUUCUACUUACAUUUGUGUGGUUUUACUUAGUACAAGGGAUUUGCUAUUGU